CAGUAUAAGAUAUACCUGUAAUGGAGUCUAAGUUUUUUUGGGGGGAUGAAAACAAUAUUCGUAAUUUAGGAAAUUUAAGAUAAAAAUUUAAACUAGUUUCAUGGUUUUUUAGGGUUAGUAGCCAGCUUGUUUUCUUCUACUUUAAUAAUGAAAACAUUAGUUUAAUAAUGAAAAUAAAAAGAGUGACGUAUUUGCGUUUUACCUUGAUUAUUUGUUUUGUAGGAAUUGCUGCAUGCGGGACAAUAGAAGUUCCAGAGUGCAAUCCACCAGAUUACCCGGCAGGUGGAGGCUAUGGUCCCAGACAAGAUUAUUACAUGACUGGGGAUAUCAUCCAUUACUACUGUGAUAGUCACAGUCACAUAGGGGGUAACUUCUAUCGAAGAUGCGAAGAUAACGGAGACUGGAUUGGAGACACUCCUGUGUGUGAUUUUCCAAUGGACAUGCCUUUGGUAAACCAAACGAGUACUGCAGAACCAAAAGAAGAAAAUGAUGCCCUCUUUGCAAGCGAUGGCGAUAGAGCUACGUGCUCAUCUACAGCUGCUGGUCAUGGCGAAUAUUGGAUGGGGACUUUUAAGGAACCUGGAGAAUUGAUUCGAAUCAUGGCUUUCAUCCCGAGAGGAGAAGUUGCCUAUGAUGUUAUUCUUGUUAAGAGCGAUGGACAAGAACUAAGUUGUGGGCAAAGAAGGGACAAAAAUGCUCGUUUAGAAUGGUCUUAUCAUAAUUGCCCAGGUCCAAAUAACAGAGAUGCUGUAGGCGUGAAAAUAAAGUCCCUGUCUUCCAAUCCUCUUAAAAUAUGCGAAAUUACAGCCCACGUUCUUACAUCACCAACCUGUGUUGAUCCUCAUUUACACAUACUGGAUGGUCGGAUUGAGUUGACUCGCAAGAGAGCCGUAUUAGUUUGCAACGCAGGCUUCACACGAAGUCGUGAAAAUAAAGUGGAAUGUGUGAGAGAUGGUGUUUGGAAAAGGAAACGCCUCAUCUGUUUAGAAGAAGGAUGGGAUGGUGGAUUAAGACAGCAAAAUACAUUCGACAACGAAAUAUAAUUGUAGGAGCUGCCAUAAAUAUUUCAAUAUUGUCUAAAUAAUGAUAAUAAACAGAUUUACAAGUGUA